AUGAUCUUGCACAAUCGGGGUCAGAUCUGGAAAGUGGGGAAGUCGAAGGUUGUGUCUUACCUGUAUAUAAGCCCUCCCAAACUCAAAUGCAGUCCAUUUCCCUCUCUCAACCCAGCAGCCAUCAUGCCAGCCGACGGUGCAGUCUAUACCACCUCCAGCGGUGCCCCAGUCUCAGAGCCAUACGCCGCCCAGCGUGCCGGCAUCAACGGCCCUCUCCUUCUCCAGGACUUCCACCACAUCGACCUCCUCGCCCACUUCGACCGCGAGCGUAUUCCUGAGCGUGUCGUCCAUGCCAAAGGAGCCGGUGCCCACGGUUACUUCGAGGUCACCCACGAUCUCAGUGAUAUCACCUCCCAAUCGCUCUUCAAGCAAGUUGGGAAGAAGGUCCGUGCGACUAUUCGUUUCUCCACCGUCGGAGGCGAGUCUGGCUCUGCGGAUACCGCCCGCGACCCCCGUGGCUUCGCUAUCAAGCUCAGGACCGAUGAGGGAAAUUGGGAUUGGGUCUUCAACAACACGCCUGUCUUCUUCAUUCGCGACCCCGCCAAAUUCCCCCACUUCAUUCACACUCAGAAGAGGAAUCCUCAGACCCACUUGAAGGAUGCUGAUAUGUUCUGGGAUUACCUUUCUCAAAAUCCCGAGUCAAUUCACCAGAUCAUGAUCCUGUUCUCUGACCGUGGAACCCCCGAUGGCUACCACAACCAGCAUGGAUAUUCAGGCCAUACCUUCAAAUGGCUCAAGGAUGACGGCACCUUCGUCUACACACAGGUCCACGUUAGGGCUGACAAAGGCUUCAAGACUCUCGACGACGCCACUGCUGGACGUCUUGCCGGUGAGAACCCGGAGUAUGGCAUUGAAUCUCUCUUCAACGCCAUUGAGUCUGGAAAUUUCCCAAGCUGGACCGUCUAUAUUCAAACCAUGACUCCGGAGCAAGCUGAGAAAUUCCGCUAUAAUGUGCUCGAUCUUACGAAGGUUUGGCCACACUCCGAGUUCCCCCUCCGCCCGAUCGGCAAGCUUGUUCUCAACGAAAACCCACAAAACUACUUUGCCGAGAUCGAACAGGCGGCCUUCUCCCCUUCGCACCUUGUUCCGUACAUCGAGCCUUCUGCGGACCCGGUCCUCCAGUCCCGCCUGUUCUCCUAUCCUGACACACACCGUCAUCGUCUCGGCGUCAACUACCAGCAGCUCCCCGUCAACGCACCUAUCGUCCCCGUUUCGAACUUCCAGCGCGACGGUUUCGCGACCUUCGUCUCGCAGGGCAGUCGCCCCAACUACCAGAGCAGCAUCACGCCGUUGACCUACGCCGGUAAGAAGGCGACCCUCGAAGGCUCCACGUGUGAUCAGGCACACGUCGCCCGCCAUGAAUCCUUCAUUGGAGGCGCCUGGAGGGACUUGACUGAGAUCACAGAGCUUGACUUCGAACAGCCUCGCACUCUUUGGAGCAAGGUAUGGAAUGACCAGCAGCGCGAGGCGUACGUCAGGAACGUCGCUGGACACUUCAAGAACGUCAAGGACCCCGGCGUCAAGGCCAGGCAGCUGUCCGUCUGGGCCGCCGUCGACCAAGGCCUGUCCGACCGCAUCGCUGCCGCUGUCGGACACCCCUCCGUGCAGCCUCUCAAGGUCAAGCCUGCCGCUGAGGCUGUCAAAUACAGAGCAACCCUUGGGUUCAAGCUUCAGUAA